UCUCCGAAUCAAAUCAGUCGCCGCAAAGCCUUCGUCGGGGACGGACGUUAUUGUGGAGCUGCAUGGAACGAUGUCCGUACGAAUCGCGACAGACUAAUAUCGUCCGCGUCAAUAGAUAAGUUCCAUUCGAAUAAAUUAGAUUAGUUUUGUUGUGUUUAACGCAAUCGACUGUGAAUAUUUAAAAGAUGCUCGUGCCGACGAUAUUAGCACUUGCAACUCUUAUAUCAGCUGAUGAAUUGCCGCCAUCUUGCAAUAGACCUGUCUACUGCAAUAGUGAUCUGCUGCACUACGUUCAGACAUCGAGAAUCUAUACAGACUCUAAAACUUUCGUUGAUUUACACCUUAAAAAUGAUGAAAACAAAACGCUAGCUGACUUCAAUGAGUUAUUAGAAAAAACAAACAGAAACCCUUCCAAGGAGCAAAUAAAAAACUUCGUCGAUGAGUAUUUCCAAUCAGGAAAUGAAAUCGAAGUUUGGAAACCGACGGAUCACAACGAUAAUCCUCCAUUCUUGGCCGAAAUAAGAGAUAAAACUCUGAGAAAAUUUGCCCAAGAUAUCAAUAGCAUUUGGCCGACCCUCGGCAGGAAAGUGAAACCGAUAGUCUUUGAGAAGCCAGACCUCUACAGUUUCAUACCGAUAUCAAAUGGCUUUAUUAUUCCCGGAGGCAGAUUUACUGAAAUAUACUACUGGGAUGCGUACUGGAUCUUAGAAGGACUGCUUAUUUGCGGAAUGGAGGACACAGCGCGCGGUAUGAUAGAUAAUCUUAUACAAUUGUUGAAGAAACUAGGCCACAUUCCCAACGGAAGCCGAGUAUAUUAUGCACAGCGGAGCCAACCUCCCCUACUAACGGCGAUGGUGUCACUGUACGUUCAAAAAACGAAGGACCUCGCUUUUCUUAAAGCUAAUAUCGAAGCACUAGAAUACGAAUUAGAGUACUGGCUUGAAACACAAACGAUCACUUUUGAAAAAGAUGGCAAGUCGCAUACUCUGCUGCGAUACUACGCUCCCAGCACGGGACCGAGACCUGAGUCAUAUUACGAAGAUUAUACGCUCGCUCAACAGUUCGAGAACGAAGAGCGCCAGAAAGAAUUCUACGUUGAUAUAAAAAGCGCCGCCGAAAGCGGCUGGGACUUCUCGAGCCGCUGGUUCAUAGGGCCCAACGGUGAGAACACCGGCAACUUAAGUACGAUUCAUACCACAAAGAUUAUUCCCGUAGAUUUGAAUUCAAUUUUCGCCAAUGCUCUACAAAAUAUAGCAUACUUCCAAGGAUUACUGCACCAUGGACGGCAAGCCGCUCACUGGGCAUACCUCGCUAAACAAUGGCGCACCACUAUUGAGGAUGUCCUGUGGGACAAUGAAGACGGUAUCUGGUACGAUUACAAUGUAGAGAGCGGAGAAUAUCGUAAAUACUUCUACCCGAGUAACGUGGCGCCUUUGUGGAUGGAAGCGGUUGACAGGAAGCUAUUGAUGGAGCGUGCUCCUCGAAUUAUAAGUUACUUGCGCGACUCUCAAGGUCUUGAUUUCCCAGGCGGUAUUCCAUCCUCCUUGGUAAAGAGCGGCGAGCAAUGGGACUAUCCAAAUGCCUGGCCACCUCUAGUGAGUGUAACUGUCAAUGCGCUAAGGGCACUAGGGACACGGGAAGCUAAGCAGAUAGCAUUUGAUAUAGCUCAGAAAUGGGUACGAGCCUGUUUGAAAGGUUUUACAGAUAAUAAGCAGAUGUUUGAGAAGUACGAUGUGGAACAGCCCGGCAGGAUAGGCGGCGGUGGCGAGUACACGGUGCAGGCCGGCUUUGGAUGGUCGAACGGCGUUGUACUGGAAAUGAUCAAGAACUACGCUUACAAAAUGACAGCAAGUGAUUCGAAUCCGGAAUUAUCCGAUGAAUCCUUUUCAGAAAUAGAAUUAUCCGUCGAGUCUGUUGAAGCUAAUUAUAACAAAAUUGAAGUGAUGAAAAUGUUGAUGGUCCGCCUGCCACGCUGCUUGCCGCUGUACCCGGUGCUGGGCAUCCUGGGCGCGUGCACGAACGCUUUCACCGCAGUGCCGGUUUGCAACUCAUCGAUUUAUUGCAGCGGCGAUCUGCUCCACAGAGUGCAGCUCGCUCGCAUUUUCCCCGACUCUAAAACGUUCGUCGACCUCAAGCUCGUCUACACGGAAAAUGAGACGCUGGCCGACUACGCGAAAUUAAUUCACGACACCGACCAGAAUCCGACUUUGGACCAAAUGAAAAAAUUCGUCGACGCGCAUUUUACGGAGGGGAACGAGUUGGAGGUCUGGGAGCCGCCAGACUUCGACCCCGAUCCUCCGAUUUUGGACCGCAUCGUCGACCCCAAGCUGCGACAGUUUGCGAAAAAUGUGAUCGGAUUGUGGGCCAAACUGGGACGAAAAGCGAACCCCGAUAUUUUGUCGAAUCCUGGCCAGUAUAGUUUUAUUUACGUGCCGAACGGCUUCAUCGUUCCCGGCGGAAGGUUUAAGGAGCUGUACUACUGGGACUCAUACUGGAUGGUGCGGGGCCUUCUUCUCAGCAACAUGACGGAGACCGCUCGGGGUAUGAUCGAGAACCUUUUCCAUCUUGUUAAUGAAAUCGGAUACAUUCCCAACGGAAAUCGGAUAUACUACAUGGGAAGGAGUCAACCGCCUCUCCUGGCCGCGAUGGUGGCGAGCUACUUCGCCGCUACCGGUGAUCUCGGCUGGCUGGAGCAACACGUCGGCACCGUCGAGAAGGAGCUCAACUACUGGCUGAACAAUAAGAAGGUUACCGUCGAGCUAGACAAGAAGAAAUAUGUAUUAUUAAGAUAUCUGUCCGAUAUAAAUUUUAAAGGACCGCGUCCGGAGUCUUAUUUCGAGGAUUACACGCACGCUCGAAUUUUGACGGAUGAAGAAAAACGGGAAGACUUUUACACUGAGAUGAAGAGCGCCGCUGAGAGCGGCUGGGAUUUCUCGUCGCGAUGGUUCGUGACGGCGGGUGACGACAUCCUAGGCAACAUAACGGACGUGCAUGCUAGUAGAAUUAUACCGGUCGACUUGAACGCUAUAUUUGCGGGGGCGCUUCAACACGCCGGCGAUUUCCGUAACCGGUUGAAGGACAGACGCAUGGCUCAGAAGUGGUACAGCCUCGCGAAGUAUUGGCGCCGCGCCAUACAACAGGUACUGUGGGACCCCGUGGACGGUGUGUGGUACGAUUACGACUCCAUGGCGAACACCAGGAGGCGGCACUUCUACCCGAGCUGUGCAACGCCGCUCUGGACUGACUCCGUCGACAAAUCUGAAGCGCCGAAAUACGCGUCACUUUUAGUGAGAUAUCUCCUAUCCUCCGGCGCCUUGGAUUUCCCCGGCGGGAUCCCCGCUUCCAUCCUUAACUCGGGCGAGCAGUGGGACUAUCCGAACGCCUGGCCACCGACACAGAGUAUUCUCAUCGGUGGCCUAGACGCCAGCGGGGACACGGAAGCGCAGCACUUGGCUAAAGAACAGGCCGUGCUUUGGAUUUGCGCUAAUUACAUUGGGUAUAAUAAUUGGAAAAAAAUGUUCGAGAAGUACAGCGCCGUACAGCCGGGGCACCACGGCAGUGGCGGUGAGUACACCGUGCAAGACGGCUUCGGCUGGACGAAUGGCGUGGUGCUCGAGCUGUUAGAUAGAUAUGGCAAAGAAGUGACGAUUAAGGAACAUUUCCAGAUUUCGUUGCCGUACGUCCGGCAGAUUCUGUGAGGUGGGCAGCUCGUGUAGGGCGCGGGUCAUUAAUAUUUAUGUUCCUCAUUGGUAUUCAGUGAUGUAAAGUAUGUUGAAUAAUUAUUUUCUGAACUUUAAACUCAUAUUGUUACGUGGUAAAACAAAAGCCGAUGCGAAUGUUUUCUAGCUGGUCGAGUAUACACUGUAAUUGUUUUUAUAUUUGGAAUUUACGAGCGAAUUAUUUUUAUUUUUGUCAUAGUCUUAAUUUUUUUGGAUGUGUAUUUUUAUGUGCUUUGUAAAACAUUGUGAUAAAAUCAUGAAUGUUUGAUAGAUCUUAAGUCAAAUGUGAUAUUCGAGGAUACGAUGCGUGGCAAAUGGCGUAGUUAAAUUUUAAUAAAUAUU